GGCAAUAUUCCUAUUCACCCGUGCACGUGUGACCGCAGUCAAAAGUGCGGGUGAGCUGCAAUAUUGAAUGUUGCAAGUUGCAUAAGAUUUGUUAAUAUUGUGAACUUUUAUAAUUGAAUCACUCUAGUUCAGAAUAGGAAGGCGAUAAUCGGCCAAUAAUCGUCGUGAUAUUGUGAACUAAACCUAGCGUAUGGCUUAUAGCCGAGAGUCCAUCAUCGUGUAGUCAUCGUCGUCAACGUGUGACGGGCACAUGAGGAACAAUACCGAGCGGUAUCGAAAUAGUACGCGUCCAAAACGUAAACGAAUAUAUCUACGGCAUUCGUUAAAAAGAGCGAACGUUACUCGGAGAGGGAGAAUUUUAUUUGACAAAGUGAUUAAUUUAGUAUAAUCAAUGCCAAAAUGUCAGUGGUAUCCUCAAGGAUCAGUAGUGUGUCUUCUAUACUGAAAGCCACAGGAGUCAGAGACCAGCUGAUUAAGCGGUCUAACAAAGUAUGCUUUAAACUGCCAAAGAAUGUCAAGUGUAUAUUAUAUAAUUUCCAGAGCGGUAGUGAAAUUAAAGAAUACGAAAACUUGAUACACUUGCUUCAAGCAGGUAGUUUGAAGGAUGACAAUUUAGCUGAGUUUCUAACUGACCUAAGUCAGUAUGUAUCCUCUCUAGGCACCAGACAUGAAUUAUUUAUUCAAGCCCUCCUUCGGAUCGACUGGGUAAACAGAUCGCCAGAGGUGAUUUCCAAAUACAAGCUCCUUUUGCUGGAUUUGAUAUGUGUCCAAACCUGUCACAUAAGAACUGUGAUACAUCAUCUAGUUGAAUUGUUGAAGCUAGAAGGUAACAAUGCGAAAGACGAAAUUGGCGAGUUCAAAAAUGAGGACGUAGAGAGGCUGGAUCACGUGCACGAUGUGUUACGCAAAAUUUUGGAAUUGGUGCCAAUGUCCGACGAGUACGUGUUGCAGUGUCUCGAGUUGCAGUUUCCGUACAUAGUGCACAGCACCUACACGCACCGAAUUUACAUCUACGCGUUAUUGAAGAUAAUGGAGUACACGCCUAAACAGAGAUCAAACAUCUUGACCUUAAUUAUUAACAAGCUGAUGAUACUGGACGUUAACAUACCCCGCAAAGAAGUGGAGACGUAUGACGAGGAGGAAGACGAUGAUAUCAGCGAGACGGCUAACGGUGACGAUUCGUCUACAAUAAAUAGCGAUACAGAUAAAGAGGAAGCCGUUAAUCCGAUCGCACAUACGUUAGACACGUGCAUGGAGUUAUUUCUUAAGUACAUGCGCGAGUCCUGUUUCGCAAGCGGCGCUUUGCAGAUAGAAUCCCUGAGAGUACUAUACGUCGAUGUGCUCCGGAUAUUCGAAACGAUAAUACUGACCACGCACGCCAGUCGGUACGUGCAAUAUAUCACGUUCUACGUUUGCAGUUUCAAACCUGUAGUCGCGGAGACGUUCAUGGAUUGGCUGUGGCGCAAAGCGAACAAUCCCAACGUAUCGGUGGUUCUGCGGCAGUCAGCUGCUUGCUACGUGUCUAGCUUGUGCGCCAACGCCUCGUUCAUCGGUCUCGGACUAGUGAAACUGGCGAUGUCGAAAAUGAUUAACUGGAUCCACGAUUAUAUCGCUAGGCACGAGUAUGCGGAAUACGCCGACAGCGAUCCGAAGCCGCACAUUGUCUUUUAUUCCAUUUGCCAAGCGUUCUUUCAUCUGUUCGUCGCGAGGCACCGGGAGCUCGUUGCCUUGAAGAGCGGCAUAUUGUUCCUGCAGGAACUCGAUAUAUCGAGGAUCGUAAAUUGCGGACUAAAUCCGUUGAAGACGUGCGAUUCCCGGAUAGUCCACAAUUUUGCUGAAAUCACGAGUACAUACCAACUCGCCUACUGUUACACCAUAAUCGAGAACAACGAGCGCGGUCAGCUGCCCGUUUUCGGAAUAGCGAAACAAUCAUCUGCUUUGCUCUCGACGUUUUUCCCCUUCGAGUCUUACGCGUUACAGCGCAGUGGGCAAAGAAUAGUUCCUUUACUUCGGUAUAACGUAACGGAUGAGAAUUGAUACCACUAAUAGAGACAUUGUUGCGAAAAACUGUUGCGAAACGCGUGAGUAAGUUGUGCCGCUGUGAUUUGUAUAUUUAUGUAAGUACAGUAUUUUUUCCUUGAGUGUAUAAUAAUUAUCAAGAAACGGAAAUUUCAUUUUUCGAAACUUAAUGCGAUUUUAUGCUUACGUCGGGAAUAUUUAUAAGUAACACGAAUAAAAUAUAGUUUAUGUUGAAAAACGGUUAGUAAAUAGUGCGCUUCUCUUAUUAAUCUUAUACUACAAUUAUCCUAAAUUAUCCUUAUCGAUAAUAUAUCGAACUGUGAC